ACAUUAGAAGCCAGGUGUACGGACGUGGAGCUGCUCGAAUUUCAGCAGAUGCGGGAAAUUUAGUGUUCAGGUCACUAUUUUCGGAGCUGUAUAUUUGAAAACUGGGAACAUUUAUUAGGAUCUGGAGGCAGAGGAUUAAUUUAUGACAAUGGCACCUCAACAAAAAGGCAAGCAAGGCACGAAAGGCCAGAAACAGAUUUAUGAGGAGAAUAUCGCAACCCUGAGCUUUUACCGAAAUAUUGCUCUCGGGGCAACUGGAUCUUUUGCACUCGUCACUGCCAUUUUCUUUGAAAUCUUCACCACAUCAAAUAUUCUCCUGUUCAUCUUUGCCACUAUCAUAUACACUGGAGGUUACAUGUUCAUGGGGAUGAUGGCCAAAGCCUCUCUUACAGAAACGGGCCAACUCCUAGACGCUGGACUUGACCUUAAUAUGCAAGACGGAGUUGCAGAGCAUGUUAAGGAUAUGGUCAUUUUGACAGCAUUUUGCCAAGUGUUUUCACUCUUCUCGAAUUACGCCUGGUUUUUCUGGCUGCUGGCUCCUGGUCGAGCUCUGUGGCUGCUGUGGGGCAGUGUUAUUCAGCCCUGGCUGACACAAUCAAAUGACCAGCAGCAACCAGAGGAGAAUGAAAAGAAGCAGAAGAAGAUGGAGAGGAAGAUGAGGAGGAUGCAGUGAAAUUCCAGCGAAUGACAAUUUGUUCAAACUUCAACAGUGGACCUCAAUCAAUCAAUUUAAAUAUAUACUUUGGCAUAAUCUGUGCGACUGAAGCCAUGGUACUCUCCAGGCAGAAAUCUAAAAUCUUAGCCAUCCUCGACAUCAAAUCUCUUCGAUACAUCAAUGAACGCCGAUUGUUCUGUACUUAUUACGCCAAUUUCUAACUUUUAGAAGACUUUUUGAAGAGCUUUGAAACUGAUUUUGAUCGUAUUAGCAAUGAUUGGUCAAUAGCUUGUUCUUCCCUAUAGCGAGAUCUAGCUUAGUUAAUAGAUUGGUGAAUAUUUGUUAAGCCAACAUGGUAGGUAAAUAAUAUUCUCAGAAUACGUCGCAGCGCCUUUUGUAAAUAAACGAAAUUAUGUAUCUGCGGUAGCUUGCAUGAUUUCGCCCAAUUUGAAGGAAUCCACAAUUAGCUGACAGAUGUUUUGAACGGAAAUCUUCAAAACAAACUUGUUUUUUUAAUAAUUAUUGUUACUUUGUUUUUGGUUGCUCAAGAUUGAUGGUUUAUAACUUUCAAUAAUAAAAUUAACAAAAGUUAAAUUUGA